UGACCGGAAGUGACAUCAGGGCUACGAUGGCGGCUCGCAGUUUGGUUCCGGUUCUUCCGUGAAGUCGAGGAGGUAUUGAUGGCGACCAGUUUGAGCACCGGCGUGUGCUGAGGUUUUCUCGCGUUUGCGACGAGAAACAACAAGUGAGAGGCGGUCAGCUUCGGCUCAUUGUCCUCGCAGCGACGCCGGUCGCGUGCCUCCUCAGGCACUGAGGCAGCUGCCGCCCGCGCGCUCUCUCUUCUCCUCGCGCCGGCCGGGACUCGCUCGGUUCUGCAUCCGGACGGAGUCGGAGAGAAUGGAGCUGAAGGAGCUGCAGGAGCUUCUCCGGACAGCCUCCCGCUGAGGCGCUCCGCCGCUGUUUCGGCGCCUCCUUUUCGCUCUCUCUCCCGGCUGUGGAACUUAGACAGUCACACAGUGCCCGCCGGGGCUGCGGGCGGAGUGAACCGCGUCCGCACCGCACCGCUCUGCUCUCCCGGCGCCGGCCGGGACCCGCCGGGUGCCGCCGACAUCAUGCUGAAGAGCCGCCAGUGGCUCCUGGGGCUCCGCUCUCUGCUCAGCCUCACGUCCCGGGUUUGGGCCUUCGUCGUGUUCCUGCUCAGGAAGCACCUGCGCACGAUCAUUCAGUACCAGACAGUGCGCUAUGACAUUUUACCCCUCUCACCCAUCUCCAGAAACAGAUUGAAUGCGGUGAAGAGGAAGAUCCUGGUGCUGGAUCUGGAUGAGACGCUGAUCCACUCACACCACGAUGGGGUCCUGAGGCCCACUGUACGACCUGGCACACCGCCUGACUUCAUCCUCAAGGUUGUAAUAGACAAACACCCAGUCAGGUUCUUUGUGCAUAAAAGACCGCAUGUUGACUUCUUCUUAGAGGUGGUCAGUCAGUGGUAUGAGCUGGUUGUGUUCACUGCCAGUAUGGAGAUCUAUGGCUCAGCAGUAGCCGACAAACUGGACAACAACAGAGGCAUCCUGAGGCGGCGAUACUACAGACAGCAUUGUACCCUUGACCUGGGCAGUUAUAUAAAAGACCUGUCGGUAGUACAUGGCGACCUCUCCAGUAUAGUCAUACUGGACAACUCGCCCGGCGCUUAUCGAAGUCACCCAGACAAUGCAAUACCAAUAAAGUCGUGGUUCAGCGACCCCAGCGACACAGCGCUUCUCAAUCUGCUGCCCAUGCUGGAUGCACUAAGGUUCACCGCUGACGUCAGAUCCGUCCUCAGUAGAAACCUCCACCAGCAUCGACUCUGGUGAUGGUCCUCGGGGCUUCGUCUGCACUUCGAAGCCCCUGUGGCUGCUGAUGCCCCCGACCGCUGGCCCCCACCUCUAAUCCAUUAUCUGUCCGUAGCCCACCUCAAAGAUGGGGUGGAUACAAAGACAAAGGUGGAGGAGGGAUGGAGCAGCAUCAGGACUGGAGGAACUGGAAUCAAGUCGGGAGGCGAGCUGUCCUCCUUUUCUGCAAAACAGAGUCUCUGCCUAACAGUUCCGGGUACCGUGUGUGUGUGUCAGGGUAGAGGGGGAGUCUGAGAGCGUGUGUGCUUGGAGUGGUGCUUAUGUCUGUAACCACAUGUGUGUGCGCGUUUGCAGGGUGAGCUUGAAUAUCUUUUUUGCAGCAAGUCUUUUUCACUCAGAAGAAUAAGAUCCAAAUGGACAGGGAAGGAUAGAGAGACGAUGAAACCAGCCUUACGCUUUCUCUCCUGGAUACACGUUGCCCUGUGCCCAACCACACACCCAGCCACACACCUAGCCAUCCCUGGUCUUCCUGAUGAGAUGAAGAGCCAUCAUUCCCGCUCAGUGAGUUUGUUCCACUGAACAUGGCCAAGGGUGAUGGGACAUGGCACCCCGGAGGUGUGAUCUGUUUGUCUCCCAGAAAGUGACCUGCGUACCGGCUGCCGUGUUGCAGACCGAGUGUUGAUGACACACAGAUGUAUGACAUAAGGAAAGUGAGGUGUGGGGUUACCUUGCUUGUGUGUCUAGUGAAACUACCGGAUAAUCAGUGCUCACUUGAUUUUUUUUGGUCAAAAUUAUUCAUAAUCAUGAAACAUGGACAGAAAACAAAAACUAAAACGCGACGACUAUGGAAAAAGGACAAUGUAGAACUGGAAGGCCAUACCUCAUUUUCCUUCUGUGUGCCUCAGUCCAUGUGCAAAACUGUGAACCACAGCCCAAAGAAGACUGGAAAGUGGUUUCAUGUUUAUUUUACAUUUCUUUCAUUUUAAAUAUUUUCUUCAUUUGUCUAUACUUUUUUGUUUUAUGCUGACUCAGCAUCCAUCUUGACAGUAUCAGCACUCUGGUAUUGUUGAAUUUAUCACCCCUUUCCCUGAAAAUGCCAGUUGAACAAUUUUUAGUCCAGUGCUCCAGGUGGCCUCUGUUUGGGUUGGUUCCCAGGUCUGAUGUUUGAGGUCUGUGCGCGUUACUAAUAAAAGAACUCGUCUGAUUCGCCUGCCCUGCCCAGCUCGUUCGGCCAUGUGAACGUGGUGUUGGUGUCAUUUCGGGUGUGCAAGGUGAGCUGUCCCACUGCAGUCUUAUUGAAGAACCACCUUCCAUCUCAUUAUGGUUACUGGGUUAAGUGGAGCCCUGUACUAAAAGUAUUGUGAUGGUAAAGUGGGUAUUUUGUUUAGUAGGUCUGUUUCAGGCAUCAGAUUGGGUCUUGUUCCAUGGUGGUGUUAGAGGUAGGGAGACUCGACACGAACGCUGAAAAUGACCUCUCAGAGCUACGCCGUCGCCCUGACGUGACAGUCCACACUUUGGCAACUUGACUUACCCCAAGUGUGUAAGAUUAAUGGAUCUAUUGAUUAUGAUGAUGAAUAACAAAGUAAUGAGAUGCAGCAUCUCUUUCCUUGAAAGACUUGGAACAGCAGUCAUUAAAGUGUGUACUUUGGGGUGUGAGCGGUAUGAUUCAUCUCAGUUGAAGUCGCAUUUGAACUCUAUAGUUGAGGUGCGCGUGAGUCUUUGGCCUUCGGGCCGGUGCAUGUUGUAAAUCUUGCACUAUUACCGUUCGCUGCUUUCGUUUGUUACCGCCAUUAAUUUAAUUACGCUUUUUACACAGCUGUAUAUUUUAGUAUCGUAACUGAAGGUGAGCUGCUCCAGCAGUUCGUCAAACUGCAACCACAAGCCUACAGCUUACAAGGUUUUAACCGCUACGCCCCCUGCUGCCCUCUUCACGUUUAAUAGUGCUAACGCCUGCUGCUGCAAGCAACUUCAGUAGCUUAGUAGUCCUGUCAAAUGAGAGCAUUUGUGUUGCAGUUUAAAGAUAAGCUGUAGUGAGCGUUAAGCCUUUGUGUUUCUACAGUAUAUUAAAAAUGCGAACACGUAGAUCCCCGCGAACACCCCGUGACAAGUCACAUGGCAGGUCCUCAUCACCACCUCUUCUGCUUUCUCCUUCCGCCUUUCCGGAAACGACAGAACAUAUCAAAACAAAAUAGUCCCCGUUUGAAAGGUACAGAAUAGAUGUUAAUUUCGACAAUGGGCAACAAGUCAGCGUGACUGCACGUAACCAUAGUGAUCAAGCUAGUACAUUCCAACUUUCAGUGUAGCGCAGUGCAAGGAGUUUAAGUAUUUCCAACGUCUUACACUGACUCUCGACUACGCAUCCAGCAGUUAGAAAUGCAGUUAGCGCAGACGAAUUUCUGGCGUACAGACGUCAAACGUCAGAGAGCGGAAGCCGGAAGUGAUGCUUGGGAGGCGUGGAAGAGGUCACGAGGAGCGCGUCACGUCUGAUUCGUCAUUGGUGACGUUGUUUUUCAGCCAAAGCGACUGAUGGCAGAAAAACUGGAAAAGUAGCCUGCCUCAUUUGAACAGGUGGUGCGUUUUCUUACUAUUAUAAUAAACAAACACAUAAAGGUUACCACAAUAAGUUACUGUGCUAUCAAACAUGUCACAUUUGGAAUUCCACGGGGUUUAGUUUUGAAAAUGCUACCGGCCUAAAUGAUAUUAAUUUUGGAACUUUGUAAAAAAAAACAAUUGCAAAAUGAUCACAUUUCACUUGGCAUACACACAGAAAUCGGGGCCGCUUCCGCAAACAAACAGGUCGGGGUUUCCCAGAGCCGCGCGCCGCUGAAAUGCGCCGUCUGCGUAGCCGCGCAGCCAAUGGGCUUC